AGUCCUACUCCUGCCCAGAAAUAAUUUUCUCUGUUGCUCAGCUCAGUCAUGUCUUCAAAAUUAAAUCAACCAUUUCUUACACUGUCUCCAUUUCAUACAGUUUGUCAUUUUCCAUCCUUUUUGCCUUCCAGAACCUCUUUCUUGUCUGCUUAUCCCCCCUUUUCAAAUGUUGCUGGUAAGCCACAACAUAUUCUGUAUUUGUAAGGUCCUGAAAAUGAUGCAGGCACCCAUUUAUCUCCGUAGGAUGAAAUUUACCCCCAUUUAUCUCUUUAGUAUGUUAUAGAUUUUUUUUCUCAUUGUAGAGGUAAAGUUAGGCAAAUAUAAAGUCAGAGAAAUAUUAAACAUGUCAGUCAGCAUGGGCUAGGACCAUGUCACAGUUCUGUUCACAGAAUAGAAGACAUGGAGUCUUUCCUCCUGGAAGACAUCAGUUCCUUGAUACAGAAUAAGGAUGAGAGAAUCCCCUCACCAAUGAUUGUUCCCCUUUGCCAUUUGAUCAUAUCAAUGGACAGGAAUGACACAGACAAUGAAGUAUUUGCCUCUUUGGAGAAGAUGGUGGAGGAACUGGCUCAUGCUAGUGAAGAGUUUGUGCAAGUUGUCAAAAGACUGAAGAUGUAUCCGUCCUGGCGGGCAGGAGACUCUGAGGAGGAAAUGCGGCCUGUUGCCGGGUCUCUGAUCCUGGCUGGAAGGGACAUCAUGCUGGUAGCCCAGAAGCUCCAUCUUCAGCCGGAGUGUCAGAGCCUCAGGGAGGAGCUAGUGAUCACAGCUCAGCAGAUUCUGAGGCUGAUUCAGGCAGAGCUGGCUGGCUCGCUGGAAAAUUGGAAGAAGCAGAGCCAGAGGGCGUGGGCCUGGGCUUGGGAGAAGGAGGGGAAAGAAGGGCAGGUUCCUGAAAGUGUCUGGGCACCAGCCAUGCACAGGGUGCCAACGAGAGCCGUCCAAACGGGCAGAGCCAGGAAGGACUUCAAAGGCACUUCCCGGACCGGCCAUCCGGAGGGCGCAUCCUCCUCACCCCACAGGAAGGCCUUCCUAAGUGCCCCUCAGCACCCGUCCCUGACCUCAUCGGUCCCCACGGCUGACGGCUCCUGUUCUGGACUGCAGUUCCUCCGGCCGGGCGCGCCACGGCCUCGGCCCCGGGCGUUAGGGGACGGGACGGGGCGGGAGGCGGCGGGGCGGUCGCUGUGGCUCGGAAGCUGCAGCUGCCCCGGCAGGUCCUGCCUCUGGAGGCCGCGGGGUUGGGGCGCCGGGUUCCCGGUGGGCCAGGUCCCCCUCCAAGCGGCGACAUCCCCCGCUGGCUGCCCGCGUCAGGCCCAGGCCCCGCCACCCCACCGCAGAAUCUACAGCCCCUCCCUGCCCCUUACCGCGACCAGGUGCUCAGAGAGGCUUGUUGGGCCGCGCUUUGCUGCCCCCGAUCACAACGGGGCGCGACGGGCAGACCUCCCUGGCGGGCCUCGGUCCCCGAGCCCCCGGCCUGGUCUGGACUGGAGCCCUGGUGCCCUCGGGGCGCUGCUGCGGCCGUGCGCCAGGGCAUCGGAGCGCCUCCUGGCCUGUCUGGACGAUUUCUCCACAGUCCCUCCCGAGUUCCUGAGCGGGUCUGUUCAGGAAAUGACCGAGCACAGGGCGGUGAGGGGUGGGGAGUCCGGAGAGCUUCCCCGGCUCGUGGCACAUUUACAGGGUCGGGCUUCACACGUAGUGUGGGUGGUGAGCAGGAGGUAUGUGGACCAACAUCGAGUUCCCAUUUUCCGGAACGGCCUGAGAGUCCUCACCCAGCAGCUGCAGCAGUCUUCCCCGGGCCUGAGGGCUGCUGCCCAGUGUGGUUUAGGUGGGCACAGCCCUCAGGACACAGAUGGAGUUUUAACCUUGACCAAACAUGUGAUCUAUUCGGCUCGGAGCAUCCAGCAGGGGCUGGACAGGACUAAGCAUGCAGAUAUCCUCAGCGCCCUUCAGGACCAAGCCCGAAGGUGUAGCAUUGCCAACACACAGACUUACUUCAUUCUCUCUGGCCUCCAGAACUCCACAGCUCCAGCACUGAAACACCAGGCGGUGUUUCAGUUGGGGAAAAGGGACCCAGGUACCUCCUCUCCAUGGAGGGACAUUCUUUCCCACCCCUUGAUUCCACAUGGGGGGAUCAUGCCAUGCCCUGCCACCAGCAAACACACCCUUGCUAGAGAGAGCCAGAGCCACCAGGCAGUGAUCUCAGCUAGCACCAGCCUGCAGGGGCAGAAUGUGGAUGCGGCUAAAGACACCUUGGCUGGGGAGGGACUAUGGGGGUUAGAGAGCAUGACUGGACUCCAAGAAAGACCAACACUGGCAUCUUCUAUUAUUGACCUAGCAAGGGCACAUUGCAUAACUGCCAGAACUGAUAGGCUUCUGGAAAUGGCUCUCUAGUUGUCUGGGUGAACCAGGGAAACCAGGCAGGCUUUGGUAGCCAUGGCUGGUGACUGGUACCCUCUAUGUCAACAGCUAUUUUGUCACGACCCAGAAGCUGAUCUUCCAGGGAGCAUGGCAGUGUUCGUGGAGGUGCAGCAGAAUUUAGCCUCAAUGGUUCAACUAGCAGCCAAAAGUGAGCCUAUGGGUAACAAGGACUGUAAUUCAACUGGGCAUCGAGAAGCACAUUUACAAAUGUGAGGCAGAUUGGAGGAGGUGGAGACCCGCACUAAACAGUGUUUGGACAUGGCUCUGGCCUCUGGUGGCUUCCAUGAAAUGUGGGAGGAGAGCAUUGAGAACGGCUGCCUUCUGUGGUCAGUGGCUGUCCAAGACUUGCUCCAGUGCUUGGAGAAGGUCAGCAGCCACGGGCCUCUUCCUACAGCCCUGAGACAGGCCGUGAAGGACCAGCAGAGGCUGCAGGAAGGGCUGGCUCAGGCAACUCAUGUUUCUCAGAGGCUGCCAGGCUGUCUGCUACUGUGCGGGAAUGACCAAGUAAAGGGUAAGGUCUCCCUUCUGGGCAGGGAAGUACACGUGCUCACAGAUGCCCGGCUGGAUGUGGCACAGAUCCCGGCCUCCUCCCCCAAGCCAUCUCCAAGCCGGUCCACGUGCUUUGAACUUCUCUGCUUGGAGCUCACCCUUCGAGCCAAGGCCCUGACCAGCCACCUCAGCAGCAUCAGUGCAGACUGUGAAUCUGCCUUCCUAGAUGCCUUCUUCCCAAGGUUCUCUGCCUGCAAAGACCCCCAAACAGGGCCAGAGAGCUCCCUGGAAAGAAUGGUGUCUGGCAUCCAAGCUGCGCAGGGAAUUGUGGCAGGAGAUCAGGAGUCUGAGUCCUGCCAGAAAGACUUUCUUGUGACUCUGGAGGACAUUCUUGUCCUCACCAGAAAGGUGGCCCAGAGGGUCCCUGUGCUCCGAGAGCACCCAGAGGAGAGGGGAAUGCACAUCCUGGACUGGCUGUGGUGGGAGCGGGCAGCCAAGGCCCACCAUGCUGUGGCCCAGCUCCAGGCCUGGAAAGGUGGUCACACCAAAGCUUGGAGACCCCUGACCCAGUGCUUGAAGCCCAGUGACAGACAGUACCCUGCCCAGUCCCAGCUCCACCAUGGGGAGGAGCUUCAGGAGCAGCUGCAGUGGGCAAUGUGGGUUCUCAAAGUGUCGCCCCAGGAGACAGCCCAGGGAGCUUAUCUAAAGGUCCGAGCAUCAGGAAUGUCAUCAUUUCUACCCUGUCCCUUUACACAGCAGGGCCACAGCAAACCUUCCAGCUACUUCCGCUGUCCAGCCUGGCUACACACUGAGCUGGACCAGCCUCUCUGGGAGGAAGGCAGCACAGACGGCGGGAACACAAUUACCCAGAUUCCCCAGGAGAUGGCGAAGGAGGUGCUCCUGAUGGCUCAGAGCUGGGGAGGAGAGGAUGCAUCGUGGUACAUGGCUGUGGUGGUGGGAGAACUGGGUACAGUGGGGAAACAGGGCCCCAGCUGCUGCCCUGCCAGAGCAGGGACAGCCUGCAGCAGCCCCCAGGAAGGGCCGUGCUCAGUAUGUUGGGCACUUUGCAUUUUCACAUGCUCUCUUCUUUCCCUAUCUGGGUGUAUCAUGAGUUUGCCUUUCUUCUCACUUCCCCUCCUCUUUGGGGCUCAGUCACUAAGGUUUUGUCUUAUUCCAGCAGGGAAGAUAUUCCAGAUUUAGUAAAGCAGCAAUUUAGUAAAAUCAAGGACUCAUUUAGCUUCCAGGAGGAUGAGCUGAAGGAACCACUUACAUUUGUUUAAAUCCCCCAAAGUAUAAGUGACAGGGCUACAACCUCCUGAAGGAUAGCCAUUCAGAGUUAGCAAUAGCCUGCAGGGGAAGGGAGCUGCAUUUCCCUGGCUUUUAGGGGCCAGCUUCAAUCACACCUGUUCUAAUUAUCUUGCUCUCUUCUUGAAUAAAUUUAGUUAAGCAUUGUUUAACCUCAUUGAAAAAAUAAAUAAAAGAAGUCCCUUUAUGGAGUAUGUGGAAAAGGAAGAGAUAGAAUGGUCCCAAAAGCCUUUUAGAAAUUUCUUCUCGAGUAGAGCUGCUGGGCACUCCUGGCUCCUAAAUCCAUGGUGGGGCCACAUGGGGUCUCACUUUUUCAUUCUGGAUGUGAGGA